UUAGGUAUCUCCUUCCUCGUGCACUGGAAGUACCAACGACGUCGAUUCGUGUGCGUCCUGGGCGUCGUCGCGCAUCCCUUUACCCCGACGUUAACGCAAAAAAAGGGACGGAAGAAAGCAAAAUAAAGUGCAAAAGAGCAAAACAACGCAUUCGAUCUUUAGCACAAAAAAAAUACGCAUCGUUCGCGGAACCGGCACACUUCCGAAUCAUUCCACUGGCGAUAAAAACCAAAACAAACCAUCAUAACACACCAUGAGCGUUAAGAUGACGAGGUACAAGCAUGCAGAUUUUGCGGACGACGAUAGCGUCGGCAGCGUCCAAUUGACGGAAGGUAUAAGUUCAAGCGCGACGCACAUCCGUUACCACACGGGAAGCAGCAUGUGGAAGAAGCGAUCCAUGCUUGAGAAAGCCCUCCUGGUCUUAGUGGGCACCCUCCUAUUCGUCGUCAUGGUCUUGGCAUUUCUAUUGAGCUCGGCGGAUCGGAGGAUACGCGAAGCAAAACUGGUCAAUCAUAAACCAACCACGAUUCCCGACGAACUAUCCAUGAUGCCUUGUUUAAAUAAAUCGUGCAUUCACAUUGCCAAUGGUAUUCUGGAAUCGAUGGAUCCUGCGGUGGAUCCUUGCGAAGACUUUUACUCGUAUGCCUGUGACGGUUGGAUUCGUGCGAAUCCAAUACCCGAAGGAAAAAGCACCUGGAACAGCUUCUUGAAAUUGGAGCAGAAGAAUCAGCAAAUUAUUAAACACGUUCUAGAACAACCCCUAGACGAUCUAAAAUCUAAGGCCGAGCAGAAAGCUAAACUGUACUACGAGUCCUGCUUGGAUCUGAAUGACACCGUCGAAAAUCUUGGGGCUAAACCAAUGCUAGAGCUGUUGAAGAAUAUCGGGGGUUGGAACAUCACCGACAGCGGUUUUAACGUAAAUCGCUGGAGCUUGCAGAACACGCUUCAAAUUAUCCAGAAUCAAUACAACAUAGGAGGUCUAUUCUCAUACGCCGUUGGUGAGGAUGACAAGAAUUCUACGAGGCACGUGCUCCAGGUGGAUCAAAGCGGUUUGACCUUACCAACCAGGGAACAUUACCUCAACAAAACCGAGCACGAAAAAAUUCUGAAUGCUUACUUGGAUUACAUGACAAAGGUUGGAGAAUUGCUCGGUGGAGAUCCCAAUUCCACCAGAGAUCAGAUGAGCGGCGUCAUUGAGUUCGAAACCAAAUUGGCAAAUAUCACUAUACCUAACGAGUUGCGAAGAGAUGAAGAAACACUAUACAAUCUGCUGUCCGUUGCGGAACUUCAGGAUCGCGCUGGAUUCAUCAAUUGGCAGUUGUUCUUCGAUAAUGCCAUGAGGAUAGUGAACAAGAAGAUUAGCAGCAAAGACGAUGUCGUUGUUUACGCACCCGAAUACCUUUCUAAUUUGACGCUUUUAAUCGAAGAGUACAAUAAGACCGCCGAAGGAAAAAUAGUUUUAAAUAAUUAUUUAGUUUGGCAGACGGUUCGCACCUUUACAGGUUGCUUAUCAAAGGCAUUCCGCGAUGCCUAUAAAGGCUUAAGAAAAGCUAUGAUGGGCUCGGAAAGUGGAGAAGAAGCUCAAUGGAGGUACUGCGUUUCGGAUACGACAAAUGUUUUAGGAUUUGCGGUUGGAGCAAUAUUUGUACGUGAGGUUUUCCAUGGUGACUCAAAGGUUCAUGCAGAGACUAUGAUCAACGAUGUAAGAACGGCCUUUAAAAGAAACUUUAAGAAUUUGGACUGGAUGGACAAGGAGACAAGGAAAGCGGCCGAGAUCAAAGCAGAUGCCAUCUCUGAUAUGAUAGGUUAUCCGGACUUCAUACAGGACCCAAAGCUUCUCGAUGAACGAUAUGCGAUCUUGGAAGUGCGCAACGACACCUACUUCGAGAAUAACAUCAAUUUGAACAAAUACACGCUUAGAAAAAACCUGGAGAAGAUCAAUCAGCCUGUGAAGAAAACCACAUGGAGCAUGUCGCCAUCCACCGUCAACGCGUAUUAUACUCCCACUAAGAACCAGAUGGUGUUUCCCGCUGGCAUCCUGCAAUCUCCCUUUUACGAUCCCAGUUUCCCUUCCAGCCUGAACUUCGGAGGAAUGGGGGUAGUCGUUGGGCACGAACUUACGCACGGUUUUGACGAUCAGGGACGAGAAUUCGAUAAAGAUGGAAAUCUGCAUCAGUGGUGGAACAACAAGACCAUCGAAAAGUUUAAGGCACGCACCAAGUGCGUCGCACGUCAGUACAGUAAAUAUCAGCUGAAUGGGAAGAAUUUGAAUGGGAACCAGACUCUUGGUGAAAACAUCGCGGAUAACGGUGGACUUAAAGCCGCCUUCCAUGCUUAUAUGGAUCACAUGAAGGGAAAACCAGAUCCCCAGAUGCUGCCCGGUCUAAGUCUCAACCAUAAGCAACUCUUCUUUGUUGCUUUCGCCCAGGUGUGGUGCACCGCUGUCACUAAAGAAUCGGCCAGUCUGCAGAUAGAGAAGGACCCUCACUCUCCAGGCCGAUACCGGGUCAUCGGGUCGCUGACCAAUUUGCGCGAAUUCAGCGACGAGUUCAAGUGCAAACCGGGCAGCCCCAUGAAUCCGAAGGGCAAAUGUGAGGUGUGGUAGAAACAGGGCACCCGCGGCCAACGCACUCAAGUCGUAGGCGGCACACAGAUCAUCUUGUAUUGAAUUUUAUUUUCGUUUUGUUUAUCCUUCACAAAAAUCUCACAGCGUCGCGCUUCAAGGGUAUGCCCAAAAAGGUACUUAACACGAAGAGCAUUUCAUAAAUGCUUGAAACUAUACAAAAUACCGUACCUUAUCUUAUCGAAACGAACAAAAAUUUCCUUAUAAAAAGAACAUUUACAUAUGAUUUAUAUUUUGGGCCAUAUAGGACCCUUUGAUUAUAAAAUACGAUUUACGCAACAUCUUCGUUUUCAUCUCGGGCAGAGAAACCUAAUUACUUUUUCUUUGUUAUUACAAAGUAAAAAUAAUGCACGCUAACUGAAAAAUGUAAAUGAAAGCUUUAGUUGAGUAAGUAAUUUAUUAUUUGAAAAAAGGAAACCGAUUUCGUCUUCCCACACAUUCGAAAAAAAACAUUUGAAUCUUCCAUAUCACAACACAAACAAAAAAAAUCCAAAACAACGCACACUUAAAUAUUUAUAGCAUUAUAGAGAAGAAUAAAAGAAUCAGAGAGGUGAACACAAUUGUACUUUUUUUUUAAUAUCGAAAAGAAAAACAUGAUUUUUUGUUUACUAUAUUUUACUGUGAUAAUAAAUGAAGUUUAGAACCGUAAUUAAUGUGAAAUGUAUUUUGCAUUCUUUUCUUCUUUCUUGUGGCUCUGCGUGCAACUCUGAAUGGCGAAGCGUAUUUACACAGUGAUAAUAUUUUAAAUAGCUACCGCCGCCUCAUAUUCUAUCUCUAAACUCUCGCCAUUUGUUUUACAUUUACAAUCAAUCGUUUUCCAGUAGUCUAAUAUAUUGUACAUAUUACAUUUAUAAAUAUCCCAAUUGUCGCAACAGCUAUACCAAGUUAAAUAUCCAUUUACUAAAUUAAUUUUCAACAAAA